AUGGACUCUCUAGGCAGCGGCAACAUCGACAUCUCCAAAAUGUCCGACGCCGAAAAGCAAGACCUGCAACAAUUCGUCGUCAACGAGUCGCAAAAGGCGCGCAUCCAACAAUGUACGUUUAUGGCCCUUCUACUACUUCCCUUCUCCCCUCUGCACGCCAUCACUAACACGAUGAAUCCAACAGCCAUCCACUCCCUCACAGACACCUGUUUCCGCAAGUGCAUCACCGGCAAGAUUUCGUCGGGCAAGCUGGACAGGAGCGAGGAGCCCUGUAUGCAAAACUGCGUCGAUCGCUUCAUGGACGCAAACCUCGUCGUCAUCAAGAAUUUGGAGCAGAUGAGAACGCACAUGUAG